GUUCUCCCGGACCCGGAUUGCAAGUCUUUCACACAAACAACAAUUCAUCACUUUCACAAGUCAUCCACCAUUUGAACUGAAUAUGACAUCAAAGAUGCCUUUCUUCACAUCCCUACAAACCACAAUCUUCCAACUACUCUCUCUCUCUCUGUCUCUCUCACACACACACACAAACAGAGGAAAGAAGAAGACAGGCAAUUGGAACAAGAGUGGAAACCAAGUCCAAGUCAUUAAUUCUUCCUUUGGCCUGUGCUAUGAAUAGCUUUUCUCUUGUUGGAAUUCUUGAGAUGAUCCCAAGUGCUAAUCAUCAGUGGGAGUAAAGGUAUAACAAACUCUACGAAGACACUGAUUCUUUGCUUUCAUCUUAAUAAGUACUUAGAUAUGCUUUCUUUCUUCACACACAUGUGCAAGAAAUACAAGUCAUCCCAUCUGUUCUUCUGUCUUCCUAGUUGAAUUCCAGCAGGUUCUUGAUCGUUCAGAGCGGUGAUCCGAUCCCGGAAAAUGGAGGAGUUUGAUUCCUCAACCAUUAACUCAAGAUCAUCGUCAGAGCCGGUCACGGAAUUCUCUAUCUUCAUUGAGAAACUAAGUCCAAUCCUCAGUGAAAUGAAGGAUAGCUUUGAGGUGAAGGGCGUGCCGGCCAUGCAGAAAGCAGUGGAGUCGCUGGAAACGGAUUAUAACCGCGCCAAAUCAGUGAUGGACAGUCAGAAUAUUCAGUCUUCUUCCCCGGCCAAACACAUCGAGCGUUUGAUACAGAAUCUUGGACGGUCGUUGGGGCUCGUUCUGUUCACUAGCCAUGACGUGCCGAUGGCUAAUAGGGAGAAGAUUGAGGCCUUGUGCAAGGAGAUGAUGAAUUUGAGGUUUGACUAUAGCUCGGACCGGGAGUCAGAAUUUGCUGAUGAGGAAGAGGAGACAGAGGAUGAAAUAGAGGAAAGGCAAGAGGAGGAGAUAGUAGAGGAGGAGCCAAGAAUAUUGACAGUUGAUGAUGCAAUCUUGCAGAUCAAGUAUGGUAAUGAAGAGAAGUUCAAGAAUGCCCUUUCGGUGCUGAAUGGAUUUGUCAAGGAUGGCAUGAUUUCCCACGACCGGGUUAUUGAGGAAGAUGUCGUCAAGAUGUUAUCUAGUCGACUGAGUUCAUGUAAAGGGAAGGAAAGGGCGAUCAUCGUUCAAACACUAAGGCAUCUUAUUCUACAGAAUGAUCAACACAAGGAAAAUAUGAAGGAUUUGGCAUUUUUAUCAUCAGUAGUGAGGUCACUAACGCGGGAUGAGGAAGAGCAGAGGGAGGCCGUGGGACUUUUGCUGAAUCUCUCUGAUGAUGCGGUAGUUAGAAGAAGAAUGGGAAGAGUACAAGGUUGUAUUGUUAUGUUGGUUGCCAUCUCAAAUGGGGACAAUCCAGACGCUUCACAUGAUGCAAGAAUGCUGCUGAAUGUAAUGUCGGGCAAUGCUCAACAUGCUCUUCAUAUGGCCGAGGCCGGUUAUUUCAAGCCUCUCGUUAAGUACCUAAAGGAAGGUUCAGAAAUGAGUAAGGUUCUUAUGGCAACUGCAUUAUCAAGGUUGGAACUCACUGACCAAAACAAAGCUUCCCUUGGAGAAGACGGGGCGAUCGAACCCCUUGUUAAGAUGUUCAACACAGGGAAUCUUGAGGCCAAGCUCUCUGCUUUAAAUGCACUCCAGAGCUUAUCCACUUUGAAGCAGAAUAUCCAACGUUUGAUAGAUUCAGGUAUUGUGGUAGCAUUGUUGCAGCUCCUAUUCUCCGUCACAUCAGUUCUCAUGACGUUGCGUGAACCAGCAUCAGCGAUACUAGCAAAGGUAGCACAAUCAGAAAGCAUACUCGUUAAACAAGAUGUUGCUCAUCAGAUGCUCUCGCUUCUGAGCCUAUCUAGCCCGGUAAUUCAAAACCAUCUCUUGGAAGCAUUAAAUAACAUUGUCGUGCAUGCAAGUGCAUCUAAAGUAAGGAAGAAAAUGAAGGAAAAUGGAGCAAUCCAGCUCCUUCUACCAUUCUUUACAGAAAGGGACACUCAAAUCAGAACCGGCGCCCUUAGGCUGGUUUACACACUCACCAAAGAUUUACAAGAAGAGCUCAUGGAACAGAUUGGUUAUGAACACGUACAUGUCGUUGCAAACGUUGUCUCAUCAUUGACAUCAUCAGAAUGUGAAAAAGCGGCAGCCCUUGGAAUACUCAGCAACUUGCCAGUGAGUGACGGGAAAGUCACGGACAUACUCAAGAACGCCAACUUACUGCCCUUGAUGGUUUCUAUUAUCAGUUUAAUCACAGAAAACUCGAAUUCAACACCUAUAACCGUGUGGCUGGCUGAGAGCAUUGCUGCUAUACUAAUCCGGUUCACGGUUCCUACUGAUAAAAGACUACAGCAUUACUCUGUGGACAACGAAGUAAUCCCUGUUCUUCUCAUGCUGCUGUCACGCAGCUCAGAAACUGCUAAACGUAACUCGGCUUUGUGUUUGACUCAAUUAUCACAGAAUUCACUGAGUUUGAGUAAGUCCCGAAAAUUGAAGUGGUUUUGCAUGCCCCCUUCAGUAGACGCUUUCUGUAGCGUUCAUGAUGGCUACUGCUCCGUCAAAAACACGUUUUGCUUAGUUAAGGCCGGAGCAGUUAUCCCGUUAAUCCGAAUUCUUGAAGGUACAGAAAGAGGAGCAGAUGAAGCAGUUCUAAGUUGCCUUUCAACUCUCUUACAAGACGAAAUAUGGGAGAAUGGAUGCAACUUCCUUGCAAGAACGUCUGCUGUUCAUGCUGUAAUUAGAGUUUUAACGUACGAGAGCUUGAAGUCUCGAGAGAAAGCCCUUUGGAUAUUGGAAAGAGUAUUUAGAGUUGAGGCUCAUAGAGAACAGUAUGGUGAAUCUGCACAAGUUUUGCUCAUUGAUCUUGCACAGAAUGGUGAUCCCAUGCUGGCACCUUCAGUGGCUAAGUUAUUGGCACAGCUGGAGCUCUUGCAAGAUCAGUCUAGUUACUUUUGAGGUUUUAAAGAUAUGUUGAUUUUCAUUUCUUUUUCUUUCAUUCUUUGCUCUUGUGUUUCUGAUUAAAACUGAAGAGGAAAAUGAAAAUCAACAGAAAAGCAUAUGUUAUACUGUCCAUAGCAUUCAUAUGUACAUUGUUUUCUGGACAAUUUCACUUGUUUGACAAUAGAUUGCUCACUUUGAAAUGUAAUUGGCUCUCUUCAUCAGCCUCUCUGUCUUAGAGGGGUGUUUGGGUUAGCUUAUUUCCAAGAUGUUACAAGCUCA